AUGUCAGAAUUAACUCUAAUCAAGAAGAAAUUCUUAUCUGUUGCAAGUUCAGGUAUUUAUUUGAGUUUCAAACCAGCAGAAUUGAAUGACUACUAUGAAGAAUUAGAUCAAUUUUUAUUGCUCAAUACUGAGUCAUUAGAGGCUGUUGACCUAUUCAACUUACUAGAAUUUCAGUUUUGUAUUUCAUUGAUGACGAAUCAUGAUGUGAAAGCAAAAACACUCUUGGAUAGCUUGAUUGACCAAUUUGAUAUAAAAAGAUCUCAGAGAUUGAAAUUGUUGAAAUCGUUGUAUCUCGAAGCAACAGGUAGCGAAGCCGAUGCAAUGAAUUUAUUAGACAAAGAUAAGAAUGAACUAAGGUUGUCACGGCGAUUGACGACCUUCAGCAGGAGGACUAAUAACAAAGAGGAGUAUAUUAAUAAUUUGAAUUACUAUUUAAGCGUCCAGCCUUUGGAUCUUGUAACAUGGGCGGAACUUGCUGAUGAAUAUCAAAAGCUUGGUCACUAUGAUGAGGCUGUGUUUUGUCUAAAAGAAAUUUUGUUGAAUGAACCUUUUGCAUAUCCAAUAUUUUACAAAGUAGGCUUGAAUUACUACUAUCAGUUCCUUCAAAGUGAAAACAAAAUUGACUCCAGGGACCAGUAUAUUGAAGCUGUCUCUAUUCUCACCAGCGCCCGAGACAACUUUUUAAGAUGUAUUGAAAUCUGUGACGUGUAUACCAAAGCAUGGGUCGGGUUAUACUUAAUCACGGAUAUAGGUUUCAAUGAUAAAUUAUUAAAAUACAAAACUGUUCAAGAGGUUGCAACUUAUUUAGAGGACAAUAAGAAAAUCAAACCUUUAAGUAUACAGAAAAUCAUGGCCCUUGAAGACAUGGAAGAUGAAAAGGAUGUGUAUCUGUAUUUAAAACGAAACAGUCCUUAG